AUGCAGACUCAAGAGGAAUUGCAAGUGGUUUCCAAGUUUCAGAUGAUGAUCAAAGGCAAGCGCAACAAGCGUCAAAGAGCACCAUCCCCUCUUAGGUUUGCCAUGCCUACUUCAACCUCUACUAGCACUAACAAUUCCAUUGAUAGUGCCACAAACUCAACCACCACCACCACCCCAGUUGAAUCAAUAGAAGAAGAAGACAUGGCGAAUUGUCUCAUUCUCCUAGCUCAAGGAACAAACCACGUGGCAGCAUCGACAUCAGAUCAAAUCAUCAACAACAAAAAGUCAACAAACCCACGAGUCUUCCAGUGCAAGACUUGCAGCAAAUGCUUCCCUUCAUUCCAAUCACUUGGAGGACACAGAACCAGCCACAGGAAGCCCAACCACAACAACACUGUUGCAGAAGCAGUUACUACUACUUGUAUUGGAGAGAAUGAUCCCCCGACAAGCACCACUCUCUCGUUGAAAACACCAAAUAAUAGGGUUGAUAUUUUGACCAGCACCAGCACUGUCGCCGCGACAAAAGCAAGAGUUCACCUGUGUUCCACCUGUGGUGCUGAAUUCUCAUCUGGGCAAGCCUUGGGAGGCCACAUGAGGCGCCAUAGAAAUCUUGUGAACACUUCUUCAACAACGUCUAUGAGUGGUGAUGGUGGUGGUAGCCAAGAAUAUCUAGAAGCUAAGAAACCCUUGAAUUUGGACUUGAAUCUUCCAGCACCAGAUGAAGAUCAAGGAGCAUCAAAGUUUUCGUUUCAGCAAAGAGAAAACAUCAUUGUCUUCUCUACUUCUUUGGUGAAUUGCAAUCACUGA